UUAAUAUUUGUCGGCUCAGGGCUCUGUCACACGGCCAGAGAAUAUCACAGAUUAGAAUUCGUAAAUAUUUUGGAAAAUUAUGGCUGGACUGGUCCACUUGGCUAGAUUUUGUAGUAAACAACAAAUAAAUAACAAUAGAAAAUCCUAUAGUACCUUAGUGCGUUAUACAAACUGCAAAUUUAAUGCUGCUGGUCAACGUGUGGCUGCCCAUUUGCUUAUUUCAUCCCGUACCACCGUAACAAAUGUGGAUGAUGGCUCUUCUUCUAAAACAAAAAAGAAAAUAACUCCCUUUACCCCCACCCCGGGCAGUAAAUUAUUGGGUGGUGUUUUUGUUAAGAAGGCGCCUCAAGGUCCAGACCAUAAUAAUGUUCAAACGCUACCACAACAUAUUGUACUACAAACAACACAACCAAUACGACAAUGUCACAUUCAUCUAGGAGGUGGUAAUGGGGGUAAUUCUCUGGGUAAAUUAGAUGCACCGGAAGUAACAUCACAGGAUAUGUUAAGAGCAAUGAUGGCGUAUAUAUGGCCUAAAGAGGAUCCUUUAGUUAGAAAAAGAGUAGCUAUUUCUUUGGGCCUUUUGGCGGGUUCCAAAAUGCUGACGGUUUGUGUGCCAUUCUUAUUUAAGGGUGCUGUUGAUACUAUGGGUACCUUGUCCAUGGAUACUCCAGUAGAUACAGUAUUAUCGGUAGCUACUGCUAUGUUGGUGGGCUAUGGUGUUGCUCGUGCCAGUGCCGCCGCUUUUAAUGAAUUGCGUAAUGCUGUAUUUGCCAAAGUUGCCCAUCAUUCCAUUCGCAAAAUCGCCACCAAUGUGUUUCUACAUUUACACAAUUUAGAUUUAGCAUUCCAUCUUAAUAAACAAACCGGGGCUCUAUCAAAGACCAUAGAUCGUGGUUCCCGAGGCAUUAACUUUGUUUUAUCGGCCAUGGUUUUCAAUAUUGUACCCACCAUUUUCGAAUUGGCUUUGGUAUCUAGUAUAUUGGGUUUAAAGUGCGGCUUAGCAUUUGCUGGUGUUUCUAUGGGCUGUGUAGGUGUUUAUGCUGCCUAUACUUUAUCCGUUACCCAAUGGCGUACCAAAUUCCGUGUCUAUAUGAAUCAAGCUGAAAAUGAGGCUGGCAAUAAGGCAGUUGAUUCUCUCAUUAACUAUGAAACUGUUAAAUAUUUCAAUAAUGAAAAAUUCGAGGCCGCCCGCUAUAAUGAAGUUCUGAAGAAAUAUGAAUCGGCCAGUUUGAAAACAAGUUCCAGUUUAGCUUUAUUAAAUUUCGGACAAAAUGCCAUAUUCAGCAGUGCUUUAAGUAUCAUAAUGGUUUUGGCCGCCAAUGAAAUUGCCAAAGGCAAUAUGACCGUCGGCGAUUUGGUUAUGGUAAAUGGUUUACUUUUCCAAUUAAGUAUACCACUGGGUUUCUUGGGCAGUGUUUAUCGUGAAGUAAGACAAGCUUUGCUGGAUAUGCAAUCUAUGUUUACUCUAAUGAAUGUAGACAGUCGUGUACAGACUCCUGCUAAUGCCCCUCCUUUGGUAUUGGGUCCUGAUAAUGCCUCCAUCGAAUUUAAGAAUGUUAAUUUUGAAUAUGAACCUGGUAAGCCUAUAUUCAAGGACUUAUCAUUUACUAUACCGGCUGGAAAAAAUAUCGCCUUUGUUGGUGGCUCGGGUUCGGGUAAAUCUUCAAUGGUUCGUUUGCUGUUCCGUUUCUUUGAACCUAAUUCGGGUAAAAUUUUAAUUGGUGGCCAGGAUAUCAGUGAAGUUGAUAUCGAUAGUUUGAGAAAAGCUAUAGCUGUUGUACCUCAGGAUUCUGUCCUAUUCCAUGAUACCAUACAACAUAAUAUACACUACGGCAAUCUAAACAAACCACAAGAAGAUGUAGAAAAUGCUGCUCGUAUGGCAGAUUUACAUGAUAACAUUAUGAGUUGGCCCAAACAAUAUGACACGCAAGUGGGUGAAAGAGGUUUAAAAUUGUCGGGAGGUGAAAAACAACGUGUAGCCAUAGCCAGAGCAAUAUUGAAAAAUUCUCCAAUUUUAAUAUUUGACGAAGCCACCAGUAGUUUAGAUUCAAUAACAGAAUUGAAUAUUUUACAAGCUUUAGCUAGAGCUACAAAAGGACGUACUAGUAUUUGUAUAGCACAUCGUCUAUCUACGGUUAUGGAUGCCGACGAGAUUAUAGUGCUAGAAAAUGGACGUGUUGGUGAACGUGGUACACAUGCCGAGUUGCUAAAGAAAAACGGUCUCUAUGCACGUCUUUGGGAAACGCAAACACAACAGUUUUGAUCUUAAUAUUUAAAAAUGCCAAAAACCAUAAUCCCCCCUUUUUAAGUGUAUGUAUAUAGAUUUAAAUAAUUCGUUUUCUUUCAUUUAGCUAGAGGCUGUGUCAGAAGUGAGUGUUUGUUUAAAGAAAAUUAAUUAGUUUUAGUUAAUAUUGUUUUAAUUUAUGGAAAAAAAGAAGAAAAAAACUAUCGACAAAUUAUUUUAAACGAAGUUGUUAAGGUUGAAAGUUUAUAAAUUGAAGCAAUUUCAAUUAGUCGUGUAACAUAUAAAUCUGUAAUAAAUAUGUUCCUGUAAAUAAAUGAAAAAAGACCGAGAUACAAAGAUUUUAUUAAAAA